AUUCCAGGAGAGGCUCCCUCCAGCGUCUGGGGCUCCUAUUUUUGCCUGAGUGGGUGUGUGUGUCUCUCUCUCUCUCUCUCUCUCUCUCUCUCUCUCUAUAUAUAUAUAUAUAUAUAUAUAUAUAUAUGCACCUAAAGCUGGUUGGAGAAAUAAAUUGGGCCGUUGCCAACCUGAUAUGUACCAGCCUUGGCUAACACCUGGAGAUUUCAAUUUAAUUUAUUUUUUUCUGUCUCACUGCCUAUAGAAGCUAGAAACACAAUGGUUUUUGGCUCUUAGCUGAGAAAUCAAAUUCUGUCAUUGUCUGGGGGGUAAUUAUUAGAUCAAGAAUCUAAGUCAACCCAUAACAAAUAAUAACAAUAGUAGUAUAUGUAGUCAACUGCCAUCACUCCCAAUGCUGUGUGAGACCUGGAGGUAUGAAGCAGAAAUUAUAAAUGUAAACAUUUCUCAACAUCUCCCAACAGUUAUUUUUGUCUUAUAUAAUAAUAAUUUGCUUGACGUCACUGUCAUCUGAUGGUCUUGUUUAGGAAACAAUAACUCAAACAUGAUUUUCUUUGGACAUAGCCUUAAAAAAAAAAAGUUCCCUUUAAAAUUUUUUACUUGAGUUUUCAUUUUCACCUAUCGGGUCCAUUCCCUGAAGAAAUUCCAGGGAAAUGUUACAUUCUCUCUUCUCCUGCCAGGCCCUUUUUACAUAUGCAAAGGAGAAACUUUCCCAGCGUGGAUUGAUUGGGGCACAGGGAGAAGGCUUCUGGGUGUAGACCCCAUCGCGUGGGCAACAGCCACUUUCUAGGGUGCUUGCUAGGUUCUGUGGAGGCCACCCUUAGCCCAGUCCUUUCCCAGUUUUCUCCCUUUGAGGGAAGUGAGGGCAGGGCCAAAAAAAAAAAAUCAAAAAGCAAGGAGGAGAUUAAGGAAGUCGUUGUCAGAUUCCAGGAGGGCAUUGCCACCCCCAAGUCCUGAACCCCAUCAGCCUGCAUUCAUCAGAGUUUUACAGAUCUUAGAAACGUCCUCCGGAAAUUCAACCAAAUUGAAUAAAUAGUCUUUCUUCAGCCUCCACAGAAUUGAGGAUUUUAAAGCUAAUUCAAGGGUUUUACAAGCCCAACAAAUACAGUUGUAAAAAUGCCAUUGGAAAGAUACCACGUUUUACAAAAUGAGAUUGAUCCAUGUGCUGUAAAAGUCAACUAUCCCCAAGGCACACCUAUCAAGCAAGGGCAGCCAGGGACACGCUUUUCACCUCCUGUCUGGGAAAGGCCAGGCCUGUGACAACGGCAAAAGCAAUGCAGACGAUUCCUGGAGCCCGUGAGGCAACUGUUCCCGGCACUGGGGCAACUGCAACCGGCAGGCCCCCAGCAGUCCCAGGAAAGGCAGGGGAGAGGGUACACCCCAGGAAAGUGCGGGCUGUCGGGCACCCCAGAAACCAAGCACAUCAAUUACCCCACAGCCUUUGGGACAUCCCAGCUGCCCUCUAUGCCUGGCUCGGCAGGGACCUUGGGAUGCCGUGCCUCCAGAAAGAGGACAGAUAUUCCACAUCUGGAUCUGUCUCAGCUCUGAGCACUUCGGGUGUUGAGAGGACGAGUCCCAAGGGCUGGGUGAGGGGAGCAGGUUCCCCCGUUUUGCUUGGAAGCUCAGUCUCCAGGCCACUCCCCUCUAGGUCCCUUUCUUGUUGAAACCAGUGGUUUCUGGCCUCUGGAUUCCUGGGUUCAAAGGUGGUACGGGGACGCACAGCUUGUGGGGUGCUUUGAGGCCAGGCGGUCGUUGGCCAUUGGAGGGGAGCCCGUCUGGACUCCAAGGAGACGUGUUGUAUGUGGGCGGAUGGGGCUGCCAGGGGAAGACGUUUAGCCGCGAUCUGGUCAGCUCGAGGUGAGCCUUCGGCUCCAGGCGGUAGCGAGGCCCAGGCCCUUGGUGGGAGUGGGAAGGAAAGAGGGAAGGGAUGCACGGAUUCCUAAGACGCAGGAGUGAGGAGCUGGGCGUGAAGGCCUGGUUUCUCAGGCCCCCUUCUUCAGUCCCGGAACCCGCACCCACGGGCGGGGGAGUGCAGAAGGAGGGGCACGCUCAGGGCCCUGCGGGGCGGGCAAGCCGGCCGGGAGCUAAGCCGUCGUGGUCACCGCCCCUCCCGGCGCGGGGCUGUCAGGUUUCCUGUUUGGAAAGAAAAACCAGCAAAAUCCGAAAAGGCAAGAAGGGGAGGAGGAGGGAGCGGGCCUGGCGGGGCCUUUGCGGCGGCCUGGACUCUAAUGCCCCUACCCCGGCCUGAUUCGCACGCCCCUGCCCGGGCCGUGCCCGCCGCUGGCGUUCGGAAAGAGAGCCGGGCCGGCUGGCUGUGCGCGCCCAUUAAUCUGCCGGGCGGGCGGCGGGCGGGCGGGCUGGGGGCUGUUUGUAACUUUGCUGCCUCGGUCGCCGCGGUCCCCGGGGAGCGGGCUCCAGCGCUCGCUCCCAUUGGCCGCCGCCGCGUCAGCUGGUGCGAUUUGCUGCUGUCGCUUUUGGCGUUCGGCCAUCCAGAAACAAACCAGUUCGAUGACUACUAAUAGUUAUAGCCAGAUGUACUAAUACACAACAAAUCACAGUCCUGCAGAGGGGCGCGCAAAUGAGUUCCUAUUUUGUGAAUCCCACUUUCCCCGGGAGCCUGCCCAGCGGCCAGGACUCCUUCUUGGGCCAGCUGCCCCUCUACCCGGCUGGUUAUGACGCGCUGAGGCCCUUCCCGGCCUCGUACGGGGCGUCGAGCCUCCCGGACAAGACGUACACCUCACCUUGUUUCUACCAACAGUCCAACUCGGUCCUGGCCUGCAACCGGGCGUCCUACGAGUACGGGGCCUCGUGUUUCUAUUCUGAUAAGGACCUCAGUGGCGCCUCGCCCUCAGGCAGUGGCAAGCAGAGGGGCCCCGGGGACUACCUGCACUUUUCUCCCGAGCAGCAGUACAAACCCGACAGCAGCAGCGUGCCGGGCAAAGCCCUCCAUGACGAAGGCACCGACCGGAAGUACACGAGCCCUGUUUACCCCUGGAUGCAGCGGAUGAACUCCUGCGCGGGUGCCGUGUAUGGAAGUCACGGGCGCCGAGGCCGCCAGACCUACACGCGCUACCAGACGCUGGAGCUGGAGAAGGAGUUCCACUUCAACCGCUACCUGACGCGGCGCCGCCGCAUUGAGAUCGCCAACGCGCUCUGCCUCACCGAGCGCCAGAUCAAGAUCUGGUUCCAGAACCGCCGCAUGAAGUGGAAAAAGGAAAAUAAACUCAUCAAUUCCACACAGCCCAGCGGGGAGGACGCUGAGGCAAAGGCGGGCGAGUAGACGCCUGGGCAGGGACCAGGCCAGCACCGCAACCUCCCUCGGCUUUGCCCCCUUGCCUUCGCCUGCUCCCCAACUUUUCUCCCCCCGCCUGCCCCCAUCCGGGGGGCUUCUGCAGCUUCAGGGGAGCCGGGAGCUUUGCAAACGCCUGAGCAUUUAUUUCUCACACACACACAAAAUCCCACACACAGCCAAUCUCAGCGGUGGAGCGGGGCGCACUGCACACCCGGUCCCGCUCUCCAAGGCUGCCCUAGCCGGCUUCGGAUCCCAGGGCGCGCCCCGAAUUCGUCCCCGGCUCUUGUGCUAGCGCCUUUGCGCGCCCCUGAGCUCGGGACGCGGGGUUGCUGGAGAGGAAAGAACCUGGGCCGAGCCCCUUUUGGUGCCUGGGCGUUUUCGCCUCGGUCCCUCGCCACCAAGUCCCGGAGGGCACCACCAAAUCGACUCCGGCCACUGGAAAGAGGGGGCAUAAAGGCUGGGGCCCCAGCACUUUGGUGGCAUCCCAGGCCGCCCCUAGACAAGAAGAAGCGUGAGGAACAAAGGGGGCCCUGAGACAGCCUUGUCUCUCGGCCCGCGCGCGACCGUCCGUGGAAGAGAAGCAGCCUCAGCUGAGCCGACCCAACCUGAGCGCGGGUGGAACUUUACAGCCCCGGGAGAGACUGGGCUCCCGAAGUCUCCAGCUCCGGAUCCCGGAUCCCCGCCUCCGACAGUGCCUGCGCAGCCACCAGAGAGUGGCUAAGGACCUAAGGAGGGGGCCCAGGGCCAUGGGAACGGCAAGAGUCCUGGUUUCCAAAUGUGCCAGGGGUGCCUGCGACGCUCAGCCUCCAGCGGGAAGUACCCUCCAUGCCUUUCGGCUACAUUCGUGAUUCACUUUCGUCUUUCAGGACCCA